AUGAAUUAUACUGAGUCCAAUCCAUUGAUCGAACCAACUACAAUAGGUUUCACCUCCAAGUUGUCUGUGCCUUCCAAUGGAACCACCUGUGAAAACUGGAGAGAGAUCCAUCAUCUUGUUUUCCAUACAGCAAAUAUUUGUUUUGCAAUCGGGUUGGUUAUUCCUACUACUCUUCAUCUUCAUAUGAUACUCCUUAGAGGAAUGUUAACUCUAGGAUGUACUCUCUACAUUGUUUGGGCCACUCUCUACCGAUGUGCCUUGGAUAUAAUGAUCUGGAACUCUGUGUUCCUGGGUAUCAACAUUUUGCAUCUUUCAUAUCUUUUGUACAAGAAAAGACCGGUCAAGAUCGAGAAGGAACUCAACACCGUCUACCGGCGAUUGUUUGAACCACUCCGUGUGUCUCCUGAUUUGUUCAAAAGAUUGACUGGACAGUUUUGCAUAAUUCAAACCUUGAAAAAAGGUCAGACUUACGCUGUGGAGGACAAAACUUCUGUUGAUGACCGCCUGAGCAUCCUUUUGAAGGGAAAAAUGAAGGUCUCCUACCGAGGACAUUUUCUGCAUAACAUUUACCCCUGUGCCUUUAUCGAUUCUCCUGAAUUUAGAUCAACUCAGAUGCACAAGGAUGAAAAAUUCCAGGUCACCAUUAUUGCAGAUGAUAACUGCAGAUUUUUAUGCUGGUCAAGAGAAAGGUUAACUUACUUUCUGGAAUCAGAACCUUUCUUGUAUGAAAUAUUCAGAUAUCUUAUUGGGAAAGACAUUACAAAUAAGCUCUACUCACUGAAUGAUCCUACCAUAAAUGAUAAAAAAGUCAAGCUGAGCCUCUGCACACAGAUCUCCAUGCUAGAAAUGAGGAACAGCAUAGCCAGUUCCAGCGACAGUGACGAUGGGUUACACCAGUUUCUUCGAGGGAACUCUAGUGUCUCCUCUCUUCAUAUGGCAUCUCCUCACCAGCGAGCCUCUGCCAAGAUGAAACCGAUUGAAGAAGGGAUAGAAGAUGAUGAUGAGGUCUUCGAGCCAGCAACUCCCAACACAUUUAAAGUGCAUCAGUUGCCAUGA